UUUCUGAUUUUUUCUCCAUUUUCAGCCAACUGCUCGAAUUAUCAUUUUUCAUAUCGCAUUCAGGUGGACCACGCAAGGUUGGACGCAAUAAGUUUGCAAAACGAAAUUUACGGAUAUUUUCCACGAAAAACCCGCUAUUUGCAUCAGUCAUCAUGAGCGCCCGGAACGUUGCCCGUCUGGCCCUGCAGAGCACCCGCCAAUUCUCCCGCUCCUCGGUUGCUUCAUCCGGAGAAGUCGCCGAAGGCUACAAGCAGCUGAAACACGUCCAGGCCAAAUUCCAGAAACCCGAUGGAAAGCCAGUAUUCCUCAAGGGAGGCCCAGUAGAUAAGGUUCUGUACUAUACGACCAUGGGUCUGUGUUUGGUCGGCAUUGCGGGUAUGGGUAAGGUCAUCUUCGAGCUGAGCUUCCCCAAGAAGGAGGAAUAAGCCCUUCUCGGAUGUGAUAUUCAGUAAGUUCUAAAAUUACGAGAGCACCAAAAAUGCGAAACGAAAAAAGUAGUCAAAAUUGUGUCAAAACCGGCAUUUAGUUGCCCCCUUUCAAACGAUGGAUAACGACGUCGUGACUAUUGAAUUGGCAUUUAGUAGAAGAUUGGAUCGAUACGGGAUUGUUUCGUGGGUGAGGGUCUUUCCUCGCCACGAUUCGAAUACAGAAAAUUCCAUUUUAAAUGCAGUUUAAUCUCCCCCCGUCCCUGAUGAUCAGUGUAAAUCCUUGGAAAACGAAUUGUGUAUUUAACCCUGUGCAUUUAAAUCACAAAUAAUGGCGAAUAAAUGUUUGUUUUGAACAAUGUGA